ACACCGUCAACGCCUCUAUAAAUAUCAUCUGCUACUUUUUGACUAUCUAGACCUGAGCAAAGACAGAGUGAGCAAGAAAUCCUCAGAAUCUUCAAGAACCCUUACAUUCAAUAAUUCAUUCAUUCUGAGGUCAGCAUGUUUAUUGAGGAGCGUCUUAUUACACUUUUCAAACAGAACUGGCAGCACACACUGACAUAUUGGAGUGUGUUCUUUAGUUUUGGACUCUGUAUAGCAUUCCUGGGGCCGACUAUAUUAGAUCUGAAAUGUCAGACCAACUCAACACUACAGGAGAUCACUUGGGUUUUCUUCUCGCAGCAGGUCUGUCUACUUAUUGGCAGUUCGAUUGGCGGCGUUUUCAAGAAAAUGUUGUUCAGUGCCCUCUCUGCUCUCCUCCUGUCCACUCUCCUCAUUUCUCUGAUCUUUGCCAUCAUUCCUCUCUGCUACAAUGUGCUACAAUUAGCCAUAGCCAUGGCUGUGUCAGGACUGGCGAUGGGUAUCAUUGAUACAAUUGCAAAUAUUCAGCUGGUGGUGCUUUACCGGAAAGACUCUGCAAUCUUCCUACAGGCAUUGCACUUCUUCAUUGGCUUUGGUGCUCUGGUAAGUCCCCUGAUCGCAGAUCCUUUUCUUUCCGAGCACUGUCCCAGUAUGAACAGCACAGAGGAUGAGGCAAUAAUGCACCACUUCAGACACAGUCUGGCAGGCCUCAGGAGUCCAAUGCUUCGCAACCACUCAGAGCACAUUGAAGGAAUCAUGGAGCAGUCCAAUGUGUCCUAUGCUUUUUGGAUCAUGGCCCUGAUUAAUUUGCCAGUACCAAUUGCAGUACUUGUGCUAAUGUACUACGAGAAAGUGAUCCUAUGCUGCCCAAAUAGCCCUCCACAUCUUACGGACAAUGAUGAGCUGGCCAUGGAGACCAACACAGCUGAAUGCCCAGAGGCACAAGAUCAAGAAUCUGGAGGCCAUGGAGACCUUCUCAGCUGCUGUAUGAAUGUUAACCUGCAUGAACUUCCUGCCUCAUUCUUUGGAGUCCAUAUUCUGGGAGGACUGGUCCUCUUCAUGACUGAUGGCAUUGUGGGCGCCUAUGCUGGUUUUGCGUAUACAUACGCUGUGUCGGCUCCAAUGUCACUACAUGCUAAAACAGCUGGCUAUUUACCCUGCAUCUUUUGGGCUGCUAUCACCGGAGGACGGUUGAUGUCCAUUCCACUUUCCUAUCGCUUCAGACCAGUGUACCUGCUCAUGUUUAGCCUGGCUGGUGUAAUAGUGACAGUAUCUCUACUGCUGAUUUUCUACACUAGUAGCAUAUUCCUGUUCGUAGGGACAUGUUUACUCGGUCUUUUCCUCAGCAGCAUCUUUCCAUGCAUGCUUGCUUACACUGAGGACAUUCUAAACUACCAGGGAUGUGCCACCACUGUUGUAGUGACCUGUGCUGGAAUGGGAGAAAUGGUCCUCCAGGUCAUGAUUGGAUCGAUCAUUCAGACAAAAGGCAGCUAUAGUUUCCUCCUCUGUGGCAUGAUCGCUGGCUGCAUUGGAUUUGCUCUCUUGUUUGGCCUCAUGCUGUGUCACUACUUCCACAGAAGCUACCUCAGAGGAACAUCUAAAAAGACAGCUAUGGUGGAACAACCAGAAUCAGUGGUGGCUCCAUGUGAAGCUCCAGAGAGAGAAGAGGAGAAAGUAGAACAGAAAACAGAUGAGAAAAUAAGGGAGAAAAUAGAAAUGAAAACAGAGGAGAAAAAUGAAGAAAAGAAAUAGUCUCUAUUAUUGUAUAUUUUAGUUACCAGACCCAAACUGUUCCAUAAACAUACUGAAACUACUGGGAAUAUACAGUACUUCUCAUUAUCUAGUAGUGGUUCAGAGCAAGAACUGACCAUGACCCAGGUCAGAGUAAUAUCUGCAAACAUAAUGUUAUGAUCCUGGAGUUUCUUGUGACAUGGCAUCAAAGCUCAUACACCUGCGUAAUAAUAAAAACAUAGUCUUCUCAAUGAGAAGCUAAAGGGUAAACUUGUUUUCAGGAAAUCUCAUUCAGCUAAGUAUUACUGGAAAACACCUGGAAGAGAUGAAAUAAACAAUUAUAGUGACCACAGAGCAUGCUCAGAGAGUUUUGUUCAGUAAAUAAGCAGGAGUAUCUUAUGAUGCAAAUCUAAAUUGUACUGGGGUAAUAGACUAUACAAAAGUCAACAGUGUUGGAUCAUGUUCUCACUAUAUUGUAUGUUCUGUGUAGUCAUAUAGCAUCACCCAGUCCACUGUUCUUUCACAAUUAUUUAUCUUAUCUAUUAUUGUGAAAUGUAUUUUUUUGUAGUAUUUUUCUUGGUAGUGAUAUUGCCUGCAUAUUGUCUCUAAAAGCUUGAUGAAUGUGGGCCUGUUAUCCCAUUGCAGCCACUUGAGAAAUUGUUGCAUUAUCCUUUUGUUGGUACGUAGAUACAUUACAAUGGUUUUACUGUAAUAAAUU